GUCUGCUGAGACCGCCGUCAUAUUGGUUGCUUGAAGCAGGAGCGACCACGGCAGAGAAGAAGACCCCCACCAUGAUGAAGAACGGGCUUUCGCGGCAUUUAAAGACUAAUUUAGCUUUUAAAUAAUUUUUGAUAAAGGUUUUAGGUAGUGUAUUUUAAAAUAUUCGGGAUGAUACCAUCAAGUAUCCGUGUACCUUUCGUGCUUUCAUCCGACACCGUGGUCCGCAAGGGGGAUAUAUGCCUGACUUCUCUUAAUAGCCAUUUUUUGCAGACAAAGAGAGCUGUUGAAUAGGGCUUUCAGGAGGCACGAGGGUCCUAGGGGCUCCUAUUAAUGAAGAAAGUGGGCAACAUGUGGAGCAACCUGAAGAGCAGAUGCCAGACACUGUUUCACAACAGCAGUUCAGGACCCAGUGAAAGCAGGGUUGAGGCAGACACUGUCCACUGUGUGGUGGAUCUUGGUCAAGGAGGCAGCUCAGGUGAGGCUCAGGCAUCAAGAGCCUCCAGCCCAUCACGGAGCCUCCUACCAGUGCCAAUGGUAACAGCAGGACGCCGCCAUCAUAACUGUGUGUCAGACAUCCCUCAGAUCGUAGAGAUCACUAUUGACAAGGACACUGAGGAUGUUCGGGGGGGCUCGGGGGGUGUUCCUCUGGCCCGGAGAGACUCCUAUUCCCGUCAUGCUCCAUGGGGGGGCAAGAAAAAACACUCAUGUUCCACAAAAACCCAGAGCUCUCUGGAGGCAGAUAGACGGUCUGGGCGCUUACGAGGGAGUGGAAACCGUAGGGACAGGCGUUAUGGAGUCAGCUCCAUCCAGGAGAUGAAUGACUCUGUAUCCGGAGGACGUAGUCUGAAUGCUCGGUCUUUGCGCCAGCGGUUAAGUGAUACAGUUGGGUUAUGCUUACCCUUGCCUGCUCGCAGACGCUCCCGCUCCUCUAAGAACCCUGUCACCUCGAAACGUAAGAUUCACCUGACAGAGCUCAUGCUUGAGACCUGUCCCUUCCCACCAGGCUCUGACCUUGCUCACAAGUGGCACUUGAUCAAACAGCACACAGCACCAGUCAGCCCGCAUUCCUCCACUGCCCUUCUGGAUGCCUUUGACCCAGCCCACCCCUCACCUGAGGAUGAGGAGGAACGUCUGCGUGAGCGCCGCAGACUUAGCAUCGAGGAAGGUGUGGACCCACCACCUAAUGCACAGAUCCACACCCUGGAGGCCUCAGUGCCAGGCUCCUCUCUCUACAAACUGGGACCAAAGAUGGCUCCUGGCAUGGGAGAGGCCUCUGGGGAGGGCCGGGUCUCAGGGGCUGGCAGCUCUGGGUCUGGAUCAUCAGGGGCCUGUGCUCAGGUGCUGGGGGCUGCAGCUUCAGCCCAGGACUGUGACUCUGAGGAGGAUUCGACUACCCUAUGUCUGCAGGCCAGGAGGCCCAAGCAGAGGCACGCCUCUGGGGAUGGUCACCUGAGCCGGCAGCAACCUGGGCCCUGGAAGGUUCACACUCAGAUAGACUACAUCCACUGCCUGGUGCCAGACCUAUUGCAGAUUACAGCUCUGCCCUGCUACUGGGGCGUAAUGGACCGCUAUGAGGCAGAGGCACUGCUGGAUGGACGGCCUGAGGGCACCUUCCUGCUGCGUGAUUCAGCCCAGGAGGACUACCUCUUCUCUGUUAGCUUCCGCCGUUACAAUCGGUCCCUGCAUGCACGCAUCGAGCAGUGGAACCACAACUUCAGCUUUGACGCUCAUGACCCUUGUGUUUUCCACUCUUCCACCGUCACAGGACUGCUGGAGCACUACAAGGACCCCAGCGCCUGCAUGUUUUUUGAACCGCUGCUAACAGCGCCUCUCCAUCGGACCUUUCCCUUUGGCCUGCAGCACUUGGCACGAGCUGCCAUCUGCCGCUGGACCACUUACGAUGGUAUAGGCUCUCUGCCGUUGCCCCCUGCCCUGCAGGACUUCCUCAAGGAGUAUCACUAUAAACAGAAAGUACGAGUUCGCUGGCUGGAGAGGGAACCGCCACUCAAGGUCAAAUAGGGCGGGCUUCUCCAUUGUCUGUACACACACUGCAGGAGGAUUACAGAACUUUAGAAAUUCCUCAUUAGCCAAUUGGAGGCUCUACUGACAUGGCUUUCUUUCUGGUGGGGGAUGGAAUUUAAGUGUAACAAGCUAUACAAGAUUCAUUCUAAUCUUUGUUUUAGUUAUUACUUACAUCACAGAAAAUACAUAUGAUUAUAUUCAGUAUAACGCUGUCUGGCAAGCACAUGUUUUUGUGUUGUUUUGACAGGGAGCGAAGGCACAAAUAUCAGUGAUUUGUGUCUUUUCUCUCCUGCUUUGUGCUAAAUGUCUGCCUGAUCCCACAACAUCACCCUGCCUGUAGACCUGCCUGCAUGCCUCCCUUGUUCAUCCCAAAUUGCUGUUUAGGCCCACAUGGCUACGUUGUACAGCUCACCUUGUGCUUUCUCUAUUUUUUUCUUCCUUAGCUUGUCAAAGCACCUAGUGGAGCACCUUCCCAAGAGAAGGUGUGUGGGUUGAGAGGGCAUCUGGAGGUGCUAUUGAUAUAUUGCAGUCAGAGCUUGUCCCAUGGAUAGAGCUACAUAAGACACAUUCUUUGCCAUCUCGUUGCACACAUGAGCAUCAGCCAGAAAGCCAGAGAUGAGGACAGAUUCCAAGAGGGUCCACAGAGUUCAGGACAGAGCAUUGGGGAAAUAAAGUGCUCUCUAAGGACUAUAGAUUAGUUCUUAAAGAACACUAGUUCCUCUUUAAGCAGUAAUAGUGAGCAAUGAAUAAUAAAUCAGUCUACUGUGUCCUAUAUAGUGAGCAAGCUAAACUUGUCAGCUUCAUUCCUACUGUGUGGUAUUGCUUUUAAAAAAAUUAGGGACAGAUUGUAAAGAAAUAAUCUGACAAUUCUUGCCAUUGUUACAGUUGUCAAAGCAGUCUGUCAGUUCUUCACUGGCCACAGUACACUGUUGUGCAUAUAUGCACCCAAUUCUUCCUAAAAGAAAUUUAAGUUCACAUUUAGGCAGCCUGCUGUCUAUUGCUUUAUAGUGUUAUGUUUUUUAUAUGCUUCCUUAAGCUCAGCAUAAUUAAGUGGUAUCUGCUAUACAGAAGUCCUGUAUAUUCAGGUUGGUUGUUUUUCUUCACCAUGAAUUUUAAACAUUGGCACAGCUAGCUGUGCCCUUUGUUUUCAGUAAGGAAGACUAACAAAGUCUUUUCAGAGGGAUUGAUGAAAAUACCUGUUAAAAGUGAUGGGUGAAGACAAUCUAUGACAAUUCUGAAUACCAGUAUCUUUUUAAACAUGUUGAUUGGGCUUCGUCAUGGGAAAAGUUCAUAAAGUCAAAGAUCAUAAAUAGGAAGGGCAGCUAACCUCAAAACGUUAGAGACUUAAGCAUCUGCUUGAUAAAUUUGGGAACUACAACAACAAGUGUUGCAAUUUCUAAAAACAAAGCUAAAUUCCACACGUUGUGACUUUGUAGUACAGGGUCUCAACCACAGCAAAUCUUUGCAUUGCCCGGUUGCAUUUAUUGUCAUAGCUCUGAGUGAAAGCAACUUGGACCGCAAGAAGUUGGACUAACCAUGACAGCUGUAGCUAUGCAGUCAGAAUGAUUUUAGUUGUGUGGCUUGGGACAAAGCACUGCUGGUUAGCCUGUCAUUUCUCCUAUCGUCUCAGCGCAAAGACAAAAUACGUGUAACCUAUGUGCCUUUUUAGAUAACCAUUUGUCUUGUUCCAUAAUCGGUUGCUUUAUAGUUCAAACCAGAAGCAGGUGGUUCUUCAACACAGUCCACUUGGAUGCCAUCAAAUGAGACUGACGAGAAUAAUAAUGAAAAGGUGCAUGAGCUCUAAGCUCACUUACUUAUGGUGCACGUUAAAAAUAACAGAUAAAAUUUUAGUGGUGCUAUGUUGAUUAAGCUAUGAUGGAUUAUUGAAAUAGGUUGUACAUUAGUUAGAUCUGUUCUCACUCACUAUGCAUGCAUUUGUGUCUCUGUAUGGUAGUAAUAGGUUAUUAGUGGGUCCAAUACCAGCUGUGCUGCUGUAGCAUAUUUCAGUGCAAGAUAUCAAUGUCCAGCCCUCACAUGUAUAGGGUUUAGUCUGCAACUUGACAAACAGAUCUAGUGAGAGGACAUGAAGGUUAACUCUUUACUGUGAGCAUGUUAAACUGAAUAAUUCAACUUCUGAUGACAAUGCCCAACUCGGCCAUCAGUGUUAAAAACCAAGUCAUCAGCAGCAGUGUUUGUUGUAACUCCUAAUUAGUAGUACAAUGCAAUAACUGGCUUUUUAAAAAGUGACAUUAGUUGAACUUUUAAUAAAUGUGCACAUGACUGUAGGGGGAUGAGAUGAGCAGCGAUAUGAAGAGGGGUUCCCUUUCAGGAUUUUAGCAAAAAUAUUUACAAAGAAUAUAAACGUAAUUCACUGGAAAGUAUGUAGAUGAAUUCCUGCCUCUGGUGUGCAAAAAAACUAAAAUAUUUAAGCUGAAACACGCGUGAGAUCAUGAUCACUGGGAAGGUUAAUCUGUCAAGUUGAAAACUCAUACUUCAGUUAGUGAGUGUGCGCGCUCAUGUGUCAGCCCACACACCCGAUAGAGGAUAUUCUAGUUCUCAUCAGCGAGAACAAGUCAUGAACAAAUGUUUCUUUGCUCAUGAAUAUCUGAGUCUGUGACCAAAGCUCUUGCACACAUCUCAUUGUAUUAACUAGUGGGCUAAAACCUAUUGUUGUAUUCAGUGGUGUUAGACUUAAGCUAAAUUAUAAUUAAGCUUUACAAACAAGUGAAGGUUGCUUCCCUACUGCGGUAUUUACAACUUAAGGAUGCUCUUCUUUUUCAUUAAUACGAGAGUCUACCUGUGUCAAACUUAGACCUACGCUUUAAUUUAUUGGUAGACGUACUUCGGCUGCUAAACGGAUUUCAUGUAUUUAUCAGGCAGGUAUUUAUUUUGCAGGUUGGUGAAGGUAAAAUCUUUUCACCGACCAAUAUUGACUUUUUUUUUGCCCCGCAUUCUGAAUUGAUCAAAAUUUACUGACAAUUUCCUCAAAUCUCUCUAUUUCCAGAAGUCUGAAAAAUGUUUCGCUGGCCCACACUUUGUUUUCAGAAAGCUUGAAUACUGCAUGUUAAUCCACCUGUAUGUGUUAAAGUGGCAGGCGUGACUUGUUAAGAGGAAGGGAAUAAGGCUGACAUUUGAGUUGCUUGCAUGUGCACUUUUUAUGUUUCAGGAUUUUUAGCAUCCACACUGAAAUAUAUAUCUGAAAACCCACACACAUCAUACAUCACUGUACAUGACUGUCUUUCUCGCUGCCACCUGUCUCUCAUGCUACUGCCUGGCAAUAGCAUACAGCUCCUUGCAGUGCCCCAUCCCACUUGCAGGCACUGAUCACAGGCUGCCAUGUUAGGAUAUACAUUUACUGGGCACUAUAAGGGCCACUCUGUGUUGCCUUUUGGCUGAUGUGUGACUAAGGGAGGCCUUUUUUUUUGUUAUUAUAUCCAACUGCUCUCUCUCUCUCGAUCUGGCCACAUCCCUGACACUGUACUGUGAUGCAGAGUAAACUUGAGGCCUGGUUGUCCUGUCUUUUACUCUCCAUUCAGUCGUGUUAGGGCCAUGUCAGGCUGAAGUGAACGUUAAAGGAGAGAUGGAGCGGGCUCACCGAGGGCCUCGGCUUCCUGUUGUGGCAAUGGCGUGCUCACAGAGAGGGCAAGGGAUUUGUCGAAGUAAAUAGCACUUUAAUUGUGUAUUUGUGUUCUACAGUGCAGUCAGCAAGUAUUAGGACAGUGACUUAGUUUUUGUUUGCUUCAGCAUAUUGGAUUUGAAAUGACAACUGAGCUUUGUGACAGUUAAGGGUUUGAAUCCACAUUUGGUGCCCAUAGUAGGAAUUGUUGCACUUUUUUUGUACAAAGGCACCCAAUUCUGUGACACAAAUUUAACAACUGAAGUCAUCAUCAUCAGUGUUGUGUAAUGAAUCCCUGCUGAUCAAUUGAAUACACUUGUAUGAGCAGACAGUUUUGUCUAUAGUGAUGUUCUGCGAGGCCUGAAUCCGCCAUCUGAGGUCGGACGACUGACUUGGCCAGUUAAAAACAUUGUGUUUUGGCCCUCACUGGUUGCCUUCUCUCUAUGUCGAGGAUCACUGUGUGCCCACUUUGAUCUAAAAUUGGGGAAUUGCACUAUCCACAACCAGGAGGGAUUCAAACACCCCCGAACAUACUAACAGAGAGUUCUCUUGUCUUUGUUUGAUUACCAAUAUGCUGCACUACAGACCCAAAACAGCUGAAAAAAAGUCCCACUGUUUUAAUACUUGUGGCCGGCACCGUAUGUGUGUUAGCUCAAGACGGCGAGACUUGGGUGAGUGUUGAGAAAGAAAGAAAGAAAAAAUAAAAUAGCCGUUGGUCCUGAAAUAUUUCACUUACAUUCAGGCAUUGUAGGCUGUGUUGAUGGAGUCGUAUUCUCCGCCUUGCUGCAGACUCUGUGCAUGUGUGUGUGUGUUGUGUGGGAGUAUGUUAGCGUAUGGACAGAGCCACACAGAGGGUUAGCGUGGAGGGGGACGCAGAGUUGAGUGUGAGGGGUGAUGACAGUGACUCCUAUGAACAAUGCCUCUCUGCCCCUGUCCCACCCCUCUUAUUCUCAGGCAGGCCCAUUUGCAAGGAGAGUCCCAGGACCCUCUCAACCCAGUUUUCCCCAUGGGAAAUAUCUGACAUUAACCGUAGCACAUGUUUGCCAUAUAACCCGUAGAUUUAGGAGGGAAAAAAAAGAAAGAAAAAAAAAACAUUGUAUGAAUGAUGGAUUUAUGUAUUAGCCUGAUGAAAAGACAUUUUAUUCUUCUGUGGUGCAUAAACUGUCUGGAACACACAUACAUUUGCACACACUUUACUAUCAACGCUUCUUCUGACACCUGCACUACCCCAGGUAUUGACACACACACACCCUCCCACCACCCCACCCUAAGCCAGGGAUGUGUAAACAUGGACCACAUUUAGCCAGCACCAUCUUUCUGUGUGACUCUCCCCCCUCACCCCACCCCACCCCCCAAAAAAAGGGAAGGCAAAGAUGGGUGUUUCUGUGUAUAUUCUAUGUUCUUAAGACAAACAAAACGCCGUGAAUUGAACUAUUUUGACCUUGCAUUGUCAUGAGUACGAUGACACUAUUUAGCUGCACUAUGAGAGCGUCACUUGUGGCAGGAAACCACUGGGUCUGGUCUGGGGUCAGGCUGGUUUGUGCCGUUAGCUGUCCUGUUAAAGCAACAGCAAUACCCCUGGAUGUAGGACUCUCCCCCCACCCCACCCCCACCUCGGUACGACUCAUGGUUUCAGAUCUUAGAGGACAACAAAAAAAAAAAGAGAUAUUUAAAAAAAAAAAAAUCAUGUUCCCAUAUAUAUUUUAGAAAGCUGGGUUAAGUGCUAUAUGCAAACAGAAAAAGAUGUAUGAAAGAAUUAUUAUUUUUCAUUAUUACUUCUCCCUAAUAUGCAAUGGAGUGUAGUGUAACAAUGGUUGCAAUCCUCUGUCACUUUAAUGCUGUAUGUGCACAUUGGUUGCUGUGUGGAUGUGGGUGCCGAGGCAACAGGACUUGACAAUGAUGGGAACUAAUGGUUGUCACUCUGCAGCACCGCCGUGUUCCCAGACUGCCUUAUUCGUUCUGGCCAAUCACAAAAGCCCUUUAAAUCCGGGGCCACAGCCACUGCCACAGGCUGACCACGCUGUCGUCGGACGAAUAUCGCUGUUCUGUUUUCUUCUGCUUUUCCUCACUUUUUUUUUUCUUUUCUUUCCUUUUCUUUUCUUUUAUUCUGCUGUCAGGUAGGAUUUGGAGCGUGUAAAUGGCAUAAUCAUGUUCACAUUUCACUGUCUGUUCUGUGUAACUGCUUCACCAUUCAAAGAGUAAAAAAAAAAAAACAAACAGUUGUUUUCCAGUAUAACCUGUUCAUUUUUAAGAGCCGUAUGAUGCGACACUUGUAGCUGUCACUCUUGGUGCUUGGCUUAUGCUUCAUUGUCUUAAUAUUCCAAAUAAAACUGUUAAGUGUAAUCCACACUGGCCCAUGAUAUAA